AUGAGUGAGAAAGAGAAGAAGAGAAAGAGACAUGAGGAGAGCGGCAAAGGCGAGCGGCCAAAGAAGAAGGCGGCCACCACGCCAAAAGGAACCGUGAGCGUCGAGUUGGUGGAGAACAAGGAACUACUGGGUCCGAUACUAGCCGCCACACCUGGUUUCCAAAUACCGCCGCAUAUCAAGUUCAAUCCCUAUAAGCGCACGAAGAUCUUACGCAAAGGCGAAAUCACCGAUUUGCUCUUGCAGUCUUCGGAUCAUCCCCGUCUCGACUAUCUCGCACAAGAAGAGCAUGAUGGCAGCUCAGAGAGUCAAUUGAAGGACUAUGUUGCCGUAUACGAUCCAAGCACUAGCAAGCUGCAGGUCGUGCCUGUAAAGAGACUGGUUGUACGGAGCACUCUGCGCAGCGAGACCGAAGAGAUGCGAGAAGAGCAGGCACGCAAGGAAGCACAACUGGGCAAUAUCACUGCAAAGCGCGCAGCACUCGCUUCAGAAUUCGGAUCGAAGAAGUCAAGAAAGGCGCUCGAGGAUCGGACGCUGAAUGCCAUACACAGCGGCAAGCCAGGCGAUCCGAGCACAGCGCAGAACGAUGCUGUGGCGGAGAAUGUCCUCACAAAUAUGGCGAAUACUGGUGUCCCGAUGCCUACCAAGGCAGAACUCGAAGCAGCAGUGGACAAAUCCAAGCCUCGACCUACGCCCAACUUGGCCGCCGAAUACCCAGGCGAUGUCUACACGAUUGAUAACAUCGUGGGUAGCGGGCUAAUGACCAUGCUAGAAGUCAAGGACUGGGUAGACGCAUCAACAGCUGGUCAGGGUGUCUCAGUCAGCAGCAAGUUUGUUGCCAAGCGCAUUGUCAAACUCGCCAGAGGCAAGCAGAUCCAGAAGCUCAAGGUGUUGCGCUUCAUACUGUUGUGCAUCAACUUCAACGCUGCACUACAGGGUUCUGGUGGAAACAAGCCCAAGAAGAUUCCCAUAAAGGGAAAGCUGGAGGCUGCCAUGGGCGAUGACACACCUGCAGGAUGUGUUUUGGCCAUCAGGAGGAAGUUUGCCUCGGAAAAUGGUGACAUGCCUCGCUGGAAUAUCGACAACCUCAUGACACACAUUGCAGCAGCAGCGCUCAUCGUCGACGAUCACGAAGUCGACAUUAAUGAUCUUCGGGAGGACCUCAAGCUCGAAAACAAAGAAAUCAAACAGUACUUCCUGGAACUGGGAUGCAAGCUUUCAGCACCAACACAGACAGAUAUGGCCAAGUGGAAGUUGACCAAGGCCGAGAGUGCUAACCACUUCAUCGCAAAGUUGAAAUUACCAUUAAGAUUCCCAAAAGUCGGCGGUGCGCGGCAGAAGAGGAGGGGUUAG